UGUUGCUAUGGUAUUAUUAGUCGACAACAUCCGGUGCAGUUGAUUGACAACAGAUAUACGUGAUGUCUGCCAAAUUGCAAUCUUCAAGGGAUCCCUACCCUUUCCCAAAACUCCAGAAUGAUGCUGACUUCAUGGGUUUAGGCACUGACCAGAAAUUCCCGUAUGGUGAACCAACACAUAUAGCUCAAAGACAAGAUCCCUGGAAGAGGCUAAAUGCAAAGUGCACUUUGGCUUCAUCACGACGUGAGAUCUAUCACAAUGAUCCACGAGCCCCAAAUGACAGUCUCGACUUUGUGCUCAAAUCUCAGUACAACCAUCACGACAAGUUUUUAAAUGCUAAAAAUGAGACACUCUAUCAACCCGAAACCUACACAGAGGACCACGGGCGCGUCUUGAAGAACCGGGUAAAGGAAGUGAUUAUAGCACCACCGGAGAUGAAUCAUCCUUUAGAGGUGGCCACACAGAAGAAGAAGGAAAGUAUUCACAGCAUCAAAAAUGCCAUCGAAUCACACCACACUCAAACAACCAACCGUGGUUAUUCUAGAAAACCAGAUGGUGGAUUCUUCUCCUCUUAAUUCUGUAGAUUUAUGGAUAUGGCCUGGUGUUUGACUUUUUCCACUCAAUGUUAAAGUAGACCUACUGCCAAUAUGAGUCAGCAUUUUUCAGUUCCUAUGACAGCCACUAACUUUAACUUAGUUUUAACUUUUUCGAUUUUGUCAAUUCUUGUCACUGAUAUUUGUUAAGGUGAUGUUUCACAAAACGGAAUUCUUAGUGCAGUUAACAUAAGAUAGUUGGCUUAAUUCUUUAAUUAGAGCACAAGACCUUUUAUGAAGCACAAUUUCUAUUACAUUCAUACAUGGUUCAAUUAAAAUUUGUAUUGUUUUUAGCUCUAGGAACAAUUUUUGACAAUUUAAGUGACAUGUAUAAGUCUAUCUGUUCCAAUUUAUAUAAUCAGGCUGAAAUGUAUGCUUUUAAGAAUGUUUUUUUGUUAAAUUUUUAUAUAUAUUUAUUUUUUGUUUAUAAUUCCAUAUUUCUCUUUAUCUAUUCUUGUUAUAAAUGUUUACAAACAUUUAAAACUAUCAGGCAAAUGUUAUUUGUAUAACUAUGAUUUUAAAACAGUUAUAUCUAAAUGUAAAAUGUAAAAUUAGUUUACCAAUUAAUCUUGAUUAUACUUGAUUUUUUUUUUUUUUCUUUUAAGUUACUUUUAACUAUUUGUUUUGUUGAAUAAGUCAUGUUUUAACAUAAAUGUAUUAUUUUGUUUGUGGACUUAACUAUAGUUUUUCACGUUUAAAUUACCUUAUUACAGAAUUCUGAAAGCCUGAAUCAUUCAUACAUUGAUUUCUAUGUGAGGUAGGCUUGAAGAGUACUGUUGCAUUGUGGGAAUCAUUCAUACAUUGAUUUCUAUGUGAGGUAGGCUUGAAGAGUUCUGCUGCAUUAUGGGAAUCAUUUAUACAUUGAUUUCUAUGUGAGGUAGGCUUGAAGAGUACUGCUGCAUUAUGGGAAUCAUUCAUACAUUGAUUUCUAUGUGAGGUAGGCUUGAAGAGGACUGCUGCAUUGUGGGAAUCAUUUAUACAUUGAUUUCUAUGUGAGGUAGGCUUGAAGAGUUCUGCUGCAUUAUGGGAAUCAUUCAUACAUUGAUUUCUGUGUGAGGUAGGCUUUAAGAGUACUGCUGCAUUAUGGGAAUCAUUCAUACAUUGAUUUCUAUGUGAGGUAGGCUUGAAGAGGACUGCUGCAUUGUGGGAAUCAUUUAUACAUUGAUUUCUAUGUGAGGUAGGCUUUGAGGGUACUGCUGCAUUAUGGUAAUCAUUCAUACAUUGAUUUCUAUGUGAGGUAGGCUUGGAGAGCACUGCUGCAUUUGCCUUUUCUAUAUAAACAUUCUCUGUAUCACUUUAAAAAAUUUCAAUGGAAUUUUAAGUUUCAUAUUAUUUAGAGUCAAUUUAUAGUUACAGUCAGUAUUGUAUAUAUAUUUUAAAUGGAUUAAAAUUUCUAUCAGUAUUUACCAUACAGCAUUUUAUCAUGUAUACUUCUUUAGUCUUCUUGUUUUACAUUUCAACAUUGGCAUGAUUUUGAGAUUUUUAAGUUAUGAAGAUGCAAUGCACUAAUUUUAAGCAGUGAAUGAUAAAUUUUUGAUUUUCAUGAUAUGCCCAGUUUAAAGUUACAGAAUGUUGACAACAUGAAAGUCAAAGAUUUCAUUUCGUUGCAUAUAAUUGUUACCAAAGUUUGAGCAUUUUGUGAUGCUGUUAUACCCAUGUAGAUAUAAGGGUCGUUUGUUUUGAAUGUAACCAGAAUCUGGUGUAAUCAUUGUGUCGUGUCACUAACAAGAGGUGUUGGGAGUAGAUUAGAAACUAACUGCAUGCUGCCCAUAUAACCAUGUGUAUAAUUACUGUACUGCUGUUGUUUGUUUAUUGUGUUUGUUUAAUUAUUAGAGGUGUCGGGUCAUUUUCUUUUCUUGUACUAACUGCAUGCAGCUCCAUGUACCUUUGUUGUUGUGUUUAGAUGCUUGCUACCCUACAUGAUGUUCAAUAAUUCCCCCCCCCCCCCGAGCUAGAGAUAAAAUAAUUUUUGGUUUGAUAUUGUGCUCAUGGUGUGUAUAUAUUAAUAUUAUAGUAUUAUCCAGGAAUGUAUUAUUAUAGACAGUGUUAAGUUGAUGCUUUGUUCUAACAGCAAGGUCAUUAAUCUUCUACAGGGUAGAGGAUAUUGCCAUGUGGCACACUCUACAUGGUAGAAGAUUUUGCCUUGUGGCACGCUCAGUAAUUGUUUUCCCCACGAAAUUGUUUCUUCCUCAAACGCUCAAUUAUGUCAAUGUUGGAAUGUGUAAAUAAUGAACAUGUAUGCAGAAGUUACUAAAAUCAAAAUUAUUUUAUGAAACAUGAAAAUAGUAUUAUGAAGAUUAUAUAUAGUAUGAAGAAGAAUUAAACAGGUAUAAUUGAAGAGACAGAAGUAAAGUCAAUAUAUAACAUAGUUGAAUACUGAAGAUAAAAAAAACCCACAUAAUUAAAUACAUGUGGUGUUACGAUUGACACUGUUGUUCUAUUGUUGUAUUACUGUUUGCUUUAGAUUCAGCUUAUAUUUUGUAUGCUGGCAACAACAUAACCAUCUAUGUACUGCAUGUUAGUGUAUGUUUUAACCUUGAAUUGUAGAGAGUCCCCACAGCGCUGGAACAAAUGGAGGAUAUUCAAGAAAGCAUGACGGUGGAUUUUACUGCACAUAGAGAAUUUUUAUGGUUUAAUACUGUAAAUAAAAUUGACUGUCUGGAGAUUUUAAAUUUAUAAAACUGUUUUGGAAUGUUGUUUUUUUGGCAUGGUAACAAUAACUUAUAACUCGAUCUUUUAUAGUCUUUAAGAAAAGUUAUAAAUAAAAUGUAUGUAAACCCUCAUAUUUUUCUGUUCUAUUUUACUUCUACAUUUGUCUGUGAUAUGAGUACCAUAUAGAUGAAGAUAAAACCAAACUCAAAAUAAUGGCAUACUAUGUCUUCAUUAAGUGGUAUAUACAAAAAAAUAAACAUACAUUAUUUUUUUCUGUCUGAAUGUAUUGUAAUAUUUAUGCCCCCCUUCAAAGAAGAGGGGUAUAUUGCUUUGCACAUGUCGGUCAGUCGGUCGGUCAGUUGGUAGACCAAAGUUUGUCCGAGUGAUAUGGUCAUCAAACCUGACAUGGAAGUUGGGCCUGACCAGUAGAUGACCCCUAUUGUUUUUGGGGAUUAUCAGGCCAAAGGUCAAGGUCACAGUGACUUUGAAUGGUAAAAGGUUGUCCGUGUGAUAACUCGACAAUGCCUGCACCCAUGGCCCUAAUACUUGACUUGGAGGUUGGGCCUGACCAGUAGAUGACCCUUAUUGUUUUUGGUUCAUAGGGCCAAAGGUCAAGGUCACAGUGACCUUCAAUGGUAAAAGGUUGUCCGUGUGAUAACUCGACAAUGCCUGCCCCAUUGGCCCUCAUACUUAACUUGGAGGUUGGGCCUGACAAGAAGAUGGCCCCUAUUGAUUUUAGGGGUCAUUGGGCCAAAGUCAAGGUUACAGUGACCUUGAAUGGUAAAAGGAUGUCCGUGUGAGAACUCGACAAUGCCUGCACCCAUGACCCUCAAACUUGACUUGGAGGUUGGGCCCAACCAGUUGAUGACCCCUAUUGUUUUAGAGGGUCAUCGGGCCAAAGGUCAAGGUCACAGUGACCUUGAAUGGUAAAAGGUAGUCCGUGUGAAAACUCGACAAUGCCUGCAUCCAUGCCCUUAAACUUGACUUGGAGGUUGGGCCCAACCAGUUGAUGACUCCUAUUGUUUUGGGGGGUCAUUUGGCCAAAGGUUUGGCUUGACCAGUAGAUGACCCCGAUCGUUUUUGGGGGUUAUCGGGCCAAAGGUCAAGGUCACAGUGACCUUGAAUGGUAAAAGGUCGUCCGUGUGAUAACUUGACAAUGCCUGCACCCAUGGCCCUCAAACUUGACUUGGAGGUUGGGCCUGACCAGUAGUUGUCCCCUAUUGAUUUUAGGGGUCAGUGGGCCAAGGUCAAGGUCACAGUAACCUUUAACGCAAAAAAGUGAACAAAUCUUAUCUCAGUGAUAUCUCAACAAUGCUUGAACCUAUGAUCAUCAAACUUGACAUGGAAGUUGGGCCUGACCAGGAGGUGACCCUUAUUGAUUUUUGGAGUCAUUGGGUCAAAGGUCAAGUUCACAGUGACCUUGAAUGCGAAAAUGUUUUGAGUGAUAACUCUGACCCCUUAUGAUUUUAGGGGCAUCGGGUCAAAAGUCAAGGUCACAGUGACCAUGAACAAAAAAAGCUUGUCUUUGUGAUAAUUUGUCAAUGCCUGCACCCAUGGCCCUCAAACUUGACAUUUAGAUUUUUGGUGACCAGCUGAUGACUCCUAUGGAUUUUGAGGUCAUAGAGUCAAAGGUCAUGGUCAUAACACACUCUAUCCUCACACUUUGAAUGGUCAUAAUCUUAAAACUGCCUCAACGGCAUCCAAUGUCAGUGACAAAUCAGCUGUCAUUUCGGUCCAUGCAUAUUUUAUUUAAUUGUCCAUAUAAUCCUGACAACAUGGUGCUCAGGGGGAGCAUAAUGUUUGACAAACAUCUCUUGUUUAAAUAAUAAUAGCUGGUAAAGACUGUAAUGAAGAGUUAAUGGUCUUAGCGGUUGAUAUGAUCAAAUUUACGUAAUAUUCUGAUUUUCUUCUUUUUUAAGGUUUUGUAUUCUUUACAUGUGUAAUAAAGUAUAUGCUCAUUUUUA